AUGCAUACCGACGGGUCAGUUGCCGACAGCUUUGCCGAGCAGGUCACUGCCCAAUGGAUGCGCGCUGAACGGGACAUUGAAGAGUUGAGAAUUGACAUUUGGAAACCAAUCUUAAAUACCCGAAAGGCGAUGUGCGAGAAUAUGUUCGAGAUGAUGGCAAGCUCCUUCGCGUCACUGCAGGUUACGUUUGGAUUCACUUGCAGG